AUGCUCCGUCGGCAAGCCCGCGAGCGCCGUGACUAUAUCUACCGUCGCGCUAUCCAGCUGCGCGAUGCUAGCAUUGCAGAGAAACGUGCACUGCUAAAGAAGUCGCUGGCUACCGGCAAACCGCUCGACCCAUCGAUCGCCAACGACCGUUCGCUGCGCAAGGAUUUCAAGUACGAUGAGUCUCUGGAUCCCGAAACCGCCGCUGCACAAGAGUCUAUGGACGAUGAAUAUUCGAUGUUGUCUGGUCUCUCCGACCCUCGUCCACUUGUCACCACCUCCCGUAGCCCUUCGACUCGUCUCUCUACCUUCUCCAAAGAAAUCCGCCUGCUUCUGCCCACCUCCAUCCGCUUGAACCGAGGAAACUUGAUCCUCCCCAAUCUUCUUGCCAGCGCAAAGGCCGCCGCCCUCACUGACAUCAUCUUGCUCCACGAACAUCGAGGCACUCCUACCGCGAUGACCAUUUCCCAUCUGCCGCAUGGUCCAACCGCUUCUUUCUCCCUGCACAAUGUCGUCCUCCGCGCGGACAUCCCCAAUGCAUCAAGAGGAACAGUAUCCGAGUCGUAUCCUCAUUUGAUCUUUGAGGGGUUUACGACACGGCUGGGAAAGAGAGUGGUCCAGAUCCUCAAACACAUUUUCCCUCCACGGGAUGGUCCGCAUAAGGUUGGCAACAGGGUGGUGACCUUCAAGAAUGUCGAGGAUAGUAUCGAGGUACGGCAUCACGUUUUUGUGCAGACUGGCUACAGGGACGUCGAAUUGGCUGAAGUCGGGCCCAGGAUGACCAUGAGGUGCUUCGAGAUAAGAGGUGGUACGUUAGAGAAGGAGUCUGGUGGCGAAGUUGAAUGGGCUUUGACCCAAUACACUAGAACUAGCCGCAAGAAGGACUAUCUGUGA